UUCGCCUUAGCACAAAUUUAUCAUUUUUGUUUUGUUAAGGUCUUUUCCUCAAAUAAUAAUUUAAUUAUUAAAAUUUACAAUUAGAAAUAGCGAAUAAUAUUUGGAACAUUACGCGUAAAUAAAUAAGAACAAUGUCUGCUGCUAAAGUUGAUAAACAUUCUCAAUCUGGACUUAAACGAACAGUGCCCGAAGGCACAGUAGAGGAAGCACUUGAACUAAAUAAACUUUAUGACGAUUUACGCAAGCAACUUUCCAUGCCACGCAUUGACCGUUUAGGCGGACGAGCGCUGGCUACUUGGGAUCCGGAUGAAAAGGCAGUGCACGUGCUACGCAAAGAUGGUAAAUUUGGAAAUUUUGGUUAUAGUCAUGGCGGUCGCUUAUAUUUGGAAUAUUAUGAGGCGCUCUUUCUUUUAGAAAUGAAUCGUCUGCAAUUGGAGUACCAUACAAUGAUAAUGUCAGUUGAACAAGCUUAUUUAUUGCUUUUGGGUGAGGAGUCUACUGCGAAAUGCAAUGAAUAUCUGGUUUAUGCGCAUCUCACACGCAUUGGUUACAUUUUGGUGCGCCAUCAAAAUAUUCCUUACUACGAUAACAUCGAACCAACCGAAGAGGAUUGUGCUUGGGCACUGGCGUUGAAUGUAAUUAAUAAUCGUGCAAUACCCGAAAAUGUAAAGAAGUCCCCACAUUUUGUAAAAGUUAAAAAGCAAAUGAAAUGCAUUAAGGAAUGCAUAACCAAACAGCAGACCAGCGAACCAAAACAAUUAAGUGAAACAGUUUCAACAUCAAUAAAUUUCGAUGGAAAAGUCAUAUCUACUGGCAAACGAAAAACGACAACUGUUGAAGCAGAAAAUCCCAAUGAGACAAAACGUAGAUGUCUGGAGGUAGCGUCUAGUCAAAAAAGUUUUCUGGAUUGUCUCAAAGAUGAACCGGAAUACAGACAAUUUCAAGAAACAUUCGCCAAAUUCGAUAUAAUUCAAAUGGCAGAUGCCGCUACAAACACGGAGGAGGAGGUGCGCACUUUACACAUAGCUUUCGAUUUGUACCUGCAUAAUGAUGGAUUUAAAAAGAGAACACCAAAGCCACCAACUUUUCGUUUACUGAUACUAGGUGUACACGAGCCCUUCCCUACACAUGCAGAAAUCACGAACACCUACAAUUUGCAAAAAUAUCCAGUGCCGCUUUUAGUAGUCUCGGUGGGCGAAUCUAAGCAAAUACAAGCGUUUAUGUAUUAUUUUAGUUGAAUUGUGUUGAGUUUAGUGUGAAUGUGCAUAAUUUAAUUGUAUAUUGUAUUUAGUUGUAAGCUUUGUUAACAGUUUUUAAAAAAAAUCUAACCUUGAUGUUGCUUGAUGUAAAUAUGCUGCUGGAUAACUUUUUGUAUAGUUUAUAAAUCAGCAAAACACUUUAUUAAUACAAAUCCACAAGUUAAGCACUUUAACAAUGAUUUUUUCACUUAAUUUUUCGAAUUUUUGAUUUUUGCAUUCUCUCUAAUUAUCACUAUUUCCGGUGGGAAAAGGCAACUACCCCGCCAAAUUUUACUAGAGUUGUUGCCAUUAUCAGCUGUGCGACAGAGUUGCAUUUUGAAAAAUAAAAAACUUUUUCCUGCUAACAGGUUUUUUCGAAUACACUAUAUUUUUAUAAUUUGUUCUAAUUUUAUUAUUAAUUUGUUGUAUUUAUUUUAUGAAAAUUUCAGAAAUUUUGCUAACUUUUUUUGUUAAUAAUUUAGCAAAUUAAGUUUUGUUGUGUGCUCAAAUGGUUUGUUUAUAUUUUUUUGUUUUUUUUUUUUAAUUUGUAUUUGGAAAGUUAUCAACAUUUCCAGUUCAGGGUUUACAAGAAGAGCGUUGAUCAAAGAUGUAGUCAUAUCCACAGGAUUUCGAUAUUAAUUAGCUAAAUGGCAAGGUUGUAUUUUGAAAAGCGGAAAUUAUAUAUGCAUUUAUUAGAUUUUAAAAAAUAUUUUAUAAAAGUUUUAAGAAAUAUAGUAAUUUUGUAACUAAAAAAAUAUUAAUUUUUUGUAAUUAUUUAUGCUGCAAAUAUCUUUAACCUUUUCAACUAUUUAUUUAAACAACAUAACUGGCAACGAUUGUAAUGUCAUUCAACACUAUUUAUUUCUAUUUCCGUUCAGAAACUAUUAAAUUUUGGCAAACUUGUCAGUUGCUCCAAAAAAACCAAAAAUAAUAACAAUUAUUAUUAUUUCCGACACGAUCUCCUUGGGCACUGCGAAUUUUCUUCAUUCGCGUGGGCUGAAAAUUAACGAAAUUCGUUCGUGCGCCGCAAAUAAACAAAUAGACGCAUAAGCUCGUGUAUUUUCUUGCAACAGUGGUGUGCAGGUACACAAAGUUUUAGUCAUUUUCAAACAUUCGUCGUGAGCGCAAGUGCCUGUAGUAUUCGGCUUAACCAACUGGGUACCAAUUCUCGCCAGAAGCGGAAAAUUUGCGUGAAUAUAGCAGAUAAUAUUUGCAAUUGGCACUCGCAGCCGCAGAGGAAUUCGUUCGUUGAAAUCAUAAAAC